AUGGAGGGCCUUGAGGGAGAACAGGGAAAAUGUGGUUGUGCUGGUAAAAAAGGAGAACAAGGUCUAGAGGGACUUCCUGGCCCUGGAGGCUCCAGAGGCGAGCAGGGAGCCAGGGGAGUACCUGGGGACCAGGGUCAAGACGGCACAUCUGGGCCUAAAGGUGAGCAAGGACCAAGAGGUGCACCUGGACCUUCAGGAGAUGACGGCAUUGGAUUUCCUGGACCCAAGGGUGACAAGGGGAACCAUGGAAGACCAGGACCACCCGGGCCAAUGGGUUUGAGUGAACCAGGGAUACUGGGUCUAGUAGGACCUCCAGGGAUACAAGGACCCCAAGGACCUCCAGGUGCAAGUCUCUCAGGUCUCAAGGGUGACAGAGGAUAUGAGGGUCCCAAGGGCAGUCGAGGACCUCCCGGAACUGGCUACAAAGGUGAUAAGGGAAACACAGGAGCCACUGGGUUGCCAGGGUUGAUAGGGUUUCCAGGGUCACAAAUCCAGGGUGAAAAGGGGGAACAAGGUCCAGUUGGGCCUCCAGGUUCCAGAGGACCCCCAGGACUAGGCAUAGUUGGACCAAAGGGUGACCAGGGUUUCCCUGGAGAACCUGGAUCUCAGGGAAAGAGGGGAGUAGGUGAGCCAGGAGAAAAGGGGGAGCUAGGACCUGACGGACCUGCUGGGAUACCUGGAAUUCCUGGUGAGGAUGGAACUGUUGGGUCUAAGGGAGAGAUGGGGUUGUCCGGUCUGCGAGGCUCAGAGGGAUCACCGGGGAAAGGCAUUCCUGGAGGAAGGGGAGACAGAGGUGACCGGGGUCCAAGGGGACUCUCAGGUUUUCCUGGCCCAGUUGGACCUCCAGGAGCUAAGGGAGAGCCUGGCAAUCCUGGAAUGAUAGGCCCAACUGGACCAGCUGGGCACAGUUUUCCAGGUCCAAAGGGAGAGCCUGGGCCUGUGGGGCAAGCUGGACCCAUUGGAGAACCUGGAACAGGAAUCAUUGGACCCAAAGGAAACAAAGGAAAUAUUGGAUCUGUUGGGCCACCAGGGAUAAAGGGAUACAGCCUGCAGGGACCACAGGGUGUUACUGGCUUACCGGGAGUACAAGGAGUGAUGGGACCUAAAGGGAAAGGACUUCCUGGACCUAAGGGUGACAGAGGCUCAUCAGGUGUUCCAGGCCCAUCAGGUCCUUCAGGAAUUGGACGUUAUGGACCAAAGGGCUCUACAGGGCAGCCUGGUCCACCAGGCCUGCCAGGACCCCCAGGAGAAGGCAUCCCAGGACCGAAGGGGGAGCCUGGGUUUCUGGGUCCAGUGGGCCCUCGAGGAACACCAGGAGAUGGUCUUCUGGGAGAAAAGGGUGAUCAAGGUAUUCCUGGAGACAGAGGAAAGAAAGGGGACAAGGGUGACUAUGGAGAACCGGGAUCAUCUGGACCAAUGGGAAGACCUGGAGAAAAGGGGGAGUCAGGACUGAUGAGAGAAGAUAUCAUCAGGAUAAUAAGAGGAAUCUGUGGCUGUGGUCUUAGGUGCAGAGAGGUCCCUCUAGAGCUGGUGUUUGUGAUAGACAGCUCUGAGAGUGUAGGGCCAGAAAACUUUGAGGCGGUGAAGGACUUUAUCAGCACUCUCAUCGACCAGGUGACGGUGAGCCGAGAAGCCGCUCGGAUUGGUGUAGUGCUUUACAGCCACCUGAACAUGGUGGUGGUCGGUCUGCAGCAGCAGUUCAGCCAGGAUGAUAUCAAGGCUGCUGUCAAGAAGAUGCCCUACCUUGGCGAGGGCACCUUCACAGGCAGCGCCAUCCAUCGAGCCAACCAGCUGUUUCAGGCAUCUCAGCCUGGUGCGCGGAAAGUGGCUGUGGUUUUAACAGAUGGGCAGGCCGACCUGGGUGACAUUAUACCGUUUGCAGAAACAGCUACGGAGGCUCAUGCACAAGGAAUUGAGAUGUUUGUUAUUGGAGUAGUGAACAAGACCGAUCCUCUAUAUGAGGCGUUCCAGGCUGAGAUGAAUGUUAUCGCCUCUGAUCCUGAUGAAGAGCAUGUCUACCUCAUUGAUGACUUCAGGAUGCUUUCCACUCUGGAAAGUAUGGUACUGAGUCAGAUUUGGGACCAUGGUGACAUGAUGGGUUUUGUACCAGACUCUGUCUUUCCAUCUAUCCAAACCCACCCUGAGUCUCCAGAAUGCAGCCACUCUGAAGAGAAGCUUCCAAAUGAGGAAAACAUGCAACUUGAACUCCCAGUGGAGACAGCAACAGUCCACCCUCCACAGUUCCCUGAGUCUGGAUGGCCUGAUGAGAAUGAGGUUGAUAUUGAGUUUUUGGUGGAGCCCUGGAAUGAGCAGCCAGACAUGUUUCCUUCUCCUGGUGAUGGGCAGGGUGCUGGGCUGAUCUCUGUGGUGGAUCCUCAGAGUCCCACUGAUUGGCCACAUGAGGAAACAAGCACACAAGUUCCUUUCAUUCCUCCUCCUCCAGUUCUCAAAACUUCGCGGGGAUCAGACAAGGGCUGCCAUCAGCCUCUGGACCCUGGCCCCUGUCGACAGUAUGUAGUCAGGUGGUACUACAACCCUGAGGCCAAUACCUGUGCCCAGUACUGGUAUGGAGGCUGUCAGGGCAACAAAAACAACUUUGAGACUGAAGUCAACUGCAGGAAUACCUGUAUCUACAUGUAACGCAGUGUAUUUGGAUUAAAGGGUGUGGGCAAAGCUAACACUCUCCAUCAAUGGCGCUGAGGAACAGGUGGGCAGGUGAGGCGGGCUCUGCUGUGUGAACUCAACACAAGAUGGCACAAACUGCUGCUAUCUCUACCUGUAGACCACUAUAAGUGAAGAAGAUAUUAAGGAAAUAUGGAUGUGGUCUCCCAGACUAUGUUCACAGUGCAGGUGCUCCACUCUGAUCUGCUGUACAUGUAUUGGCUGUCUAAUAACUACUUAUGUCUGCAAAGACUCACUGGACAUCCUACCUGACUUUACUGAGCCUGACACGAUGAUAUGGAUCAGUUUUUUGUUGCAAGGCAUUACAUCCCACUUUAGUGCCACAAGUAAAGUAUAUACCACUGUACAUACCGUACAAUCCUAACUUGAGCAAAGUAGAAGAGCUACAUAAAAUUAGGGCUAUACAAAUAAAUAGUAUACAGAGAAAAUAAUGGUAGUAAUAAAGCUAUAAAUCUUUUGCUAUCUUAAUGUGGUUGGUACAGUUUCAGUAGUCUAGAAUAAGGAUAGAAAAUAUUUAUCUGUGUUUUGAUACUCUUGUCUUGUGAUAGCUGCUGAGUGUGUGAUAGACAAUGAAUGAUAAGAAACCUCUGACUGAAAUAUCAAGGAGUCCAGUUUUUAUAUACAGGAACUCUUCAUAUCUCUAAGGCCCAUUGUUUCCUAUCUUCAUCUCUUGAUUGUAAUGUUAGUGUUGAGUCCAGUGAUCUGAUUGGUUGGUUCUUAAGCUGUUCCUCCUGAAAACCUUCACUUCCAGUUUACUGACAUAAUGACUUCAGUUUUUCAGAUUUUCUAAAGGAUCUGCAGAAACUAGAGAGAAGCAGAAACCAGGACCUUUGUGUGGGGGUUUUACAUCUGCACAGCUCAGGUAACCUUACAUGACAGAGAGCUGAAUGUGCAUUUCCACUUUGUUUUACCUUGUUGCAGGAAAAACUGCACACAUUUAGUUACUGCAACAUUCAGACAUUUACUAAAUGCUAUAUGAAAGCAGC